UCGUUGCGUUGGGACCGUCGCCCUCCGGCUCGCGCGGCGGGGUUGUGCACGCGGUUCCUGCUCCUGCUCCUCGGCGUGUCCCAGCCCGUCGAGAUGUCGCACCCGUCCCCACAAGCCAAGCCCUCCGACCCUAGCAACCCCCGAGUCUUCUUUGACGUGGAUAUCGGAGGGGAGCGAGUUGGUAGGAUCGUAUUAGAAUUGUUUGCUGAUAUUGUACCCAAAACUGCAGAAAAUUUUCGAGCACUAUGUACAGGAGAAAAAGGCAUUGGAUCCACAACCGGGAAACCUCUCCAUUUUAAAGGAUGUCCUUUCCAUCGAAUUAUUAAGAAAUUUAUGAUUCAGGGUGGAGACUUCUCAAAUCAGAAUGGGACAGGUGGAGAAAGUAUUUAUGGUGAAAAAUUUGAAGAUGAAAAUUUCCAUUAUAAGCAUGAUCAAGAGGGUUUGCUGAGCAUGGCAAAUGCAGGCCCCAAUACAAAUGGUUCUCAGUUCUUUAUCACAACAGUUCCAACUCCUCAUUUGGACGGGAAACAUGUGGUGUUUGGACAAGUAAUUAAAGGAUUAGGUGUGGCAAGGAUUCUGGAAAAUGUAGAAGUGAAAGGUGAAAAACCUGCCAAAUUGUGCAUUAUUGCAGAAUGUGGAGAAUUGAAGGAAGGAGAUGAUUGGGGAAUAUUCCCAAAAGAUGGCUCGGGCGACAGUCAUCCAGAUUUCCCUGAUGAUGCUGAUAUAGAUUUAAAAGAUGUAGAUAAAAUUUUAUUAAUAGCAGAAGAUUUAAAAAACAUUGGAAAUACUUUUUUCAAGUCCCAGAACUGGGAGAUGGCUAUUAAAAAAUAUACAAAGGUUUUAAGAUAUUUGGAUAGUUCAAAGGCUGUUAUUGAGAAAGCAGAUAGAUCCAGACUGCAACCGAUAGCUUUAAGCUGUGUGCUGAAUAUUGGUGCUUGUAAACUGAAGAUGUCAAAUUGGCAGGGAGCAGUUGACAGUUGUUUGGAGGCACUUGAAAUAGACCCAUCAAAUACCAAAGCACUGUACCGCAGAGCUCAAGGAUGGCAAGGAUUAAAAGAAUAUGAUCAAGCUUUGGCUGAUCUUAAGAAAGCCCAGGAGAUAGCACCAGAAGAUAAAGCCAUCCAGGCAGAAUUGCUGAAAGUCAAGCAAAAGAUAAAGGCACAAAAAGAUAAAGAGAAGGCGGUAUAUGCAAAAAUGUUUGCUUAAUAAGGAUUCACUUUUGCUUAAAUGUCAUACAUUCAGUAUAUAGACAGUGAGAAAAUACGGGGUUUAGAGAGGAUCCCUAAUGUGUUUGCUUUGACACUUCAGUUCUUUGUUGUUUACAGUUAGAAAAAUAUAGGCUCCCUGUUAAUAAAAUAUUACAAAAUACAGUAAAGUUGAUUUUUUUAAUUGGUGUUAACAUUAAAAAAAAUGAUGUCUAGCCAAUUUUUAAACUCAUUCUAAAGUCACAUCUUGUUGCACGAACAGAUAGAAGCUUAAAUUUGCAUAUAUUACUUGUCUUUCUUUAAUGUAACCUGUGGUAGAUAUGUAUUGUUUUAUACUUAGAUAGGUACCUAUUCUUGGUUGGAUACUUUUUCUGCAAAAGGCCAGAUCA